CCUCGACCAAUGCUCUAAGGAUAAAAUUUCUCGAUUGUAUUGUUAACAAAAAAUUCUGAGUUUUUAGUUUUUAAAUAAUAUCAAAGUCACACAAAGCCAGCAUGCAGUUACAUACAUACAUAUUUCCCAAUGUAUUUACAUAUUUGCGGCAUACAUUUAUGUAUGGCACUUUGUCUACUGGCUUCUAAACAACAAUUUAUUAAUUAUGUUGUUAUGAUCAGCCGGCUCAUUGACCCGAAAGCUCUCCAGCUCUUCAGCUCAGCGGCACUACGCUUUGGUUACAAAUAUGUUAAUUAGAAACCGGUUAACUAAUCGCUUCACAUUUAAGCUAGCGACCCACGAGCAGACUGGCUCAGAGGCUUUCUUUAACCUUUUCUUCCUAUGAAAAGCCCACAGCCAUACAAUGUUUUGCACAUGAAGCUGAGCGUUAGUCGCCUUUGGUUACGUGACUUUCAGUUGGAAUUUCGAUUUUCGCUAGAACGGUUAGCCGUUUAUUACAGCGACACGCGCGGUUUGUGCUUUAUUAUUUCCAUUUUAAUUUGCUGCGUUAUUGUGAUACUCGGUUUCUGCGCCGUGAAAAUGCAGUUAUUUUUCCUGCUAACCUGCGCGCUUUUGCUGCUCCAUUUGGGAGCGGUGUUUGCAUCCAAAAUGGAGUUUUUCUCUUCAGUGCAUCAAAUGUCGAAAUUAGUGCAAUUUGAAGGUGUUCUCCUGAAGCAUAUGCAAAAAUAUGUGGGAUUUAAUGAAAAUAAAUUGGAGUUUCUAAAGUCUCGUUUGGUCGAAUUGGAAAAUGAUCGCGAUGAAGCGCUACAGGAAGGCUUAGACUAUUUUGACAGUCCUGUAAACAAAUAUUUAUUAACGAAACGUUUAACUAUGGACUGGGAGCGUGUUGAAAAUAUUAUGCAACAUGAUGCGGGAAAACAACCGCUCAGUAACAUAGAACGUUACGUUAACGUCAAUCCCUUUCCCGAAGUUUCUGAAUUAGAAGGAGCUAUUGCCGGCUUUUUGCGCAUACAAGAUGUAUACCGAUUGAAAGCGUCAGAUAUGGCGCAAGGUAUUUUGGACGGCGUGAAAUACAACGUGGUAAUAGAUGCCCAUCUCUGUUUGGAUAUCGCAAAAUACGCUGGAAAGGAAAAUCAAAUGCGACUAGCGCAUGCGUGGGCCUUGGAAGCACUGAAACGUUUGCACAAAGCCGAAGAGAACGACAGCGAACAGAAGUUCGUAUCGGAGAAAACCGAUGAGGCCGAAAUUUUGGAAUUAUUGGCGAAGACUAAAAGACACUUGGGUGAUUUGAAGGGCGCAAACCAGACCUAUGCUGAGCUUGUAGCAUUGCGACCGGAUGUCAAGAACUAUACGAAUAGCUACUUAGAUUUUCAGCUAGAAAACAUAUUUUCGGAAUACUCGACUGUUGAUCUCACCGAGGAGCAUGAGCCACUGCCAGCGAACCUGCUCCACACCGAUGAGUUCACGCGCUACAAACACACCUGCAAUGGCUUGCUUAAGCAAACUCCAAGCGAGGAACGUGAUUUGCGUUGCGGCUAUCUCACCGAAACCCAUCCAUUCCUACUGAUCGCACCCAUCAAAGCCGAAGAGCUAAAUCAUGAUCCGCUGCUCGUGGUUUAUUACGAUGUUGUGACGGAUGCUGAAAUAGAGCAAAUGAAGACUUUAUCCAACGACUAUAUAGUGCGUGCAAGAGUCAUGGGUUACAACAAGAGCGUAGUCUCGCCAGUACGCACGAGCCAAUUUGUCUUUCUGCCGAAGCAGUCGCACCCACUGCUGCGGGCGAUUGAUGUGCGCGCUGGGCAUAUGUCCGAUUUGAAUAUGGAUUUCGCAGAAGAUCACCAGUUCCAAAAUUAUGGCAUAGGCGGCCACUACGGCCAACAUUACGAUGCGUUUGACGCGAAGUUGGAACGCUUAAUCAGCAAUCGUGAAUUGGGCAAUCGUAUUGCAACUUUGCUCUUCUAUUUAACGGAUGUUGAGCAGGGUGGCGGCACUGCCUUCCCCUACCUCAAGCGCCUGUUGAUGCCCAAGAAGGGCGCCGCGGCGUUUUGGUACAAUCUGCAUGCCGACGGUGUGCGGGAUCUUCGCACUCUCCAUGGCGGCUGCCCGAUUAUUGUGGGCUCCAAGUGGGUGCUCAAUCGUUGGAUCCGCGAGUUUGAUCAGAGCGAUCGGCGACCUUGCGAGUUGUGGGUCGACAGUAGAUAAUGCUUUUAAAGACUUGCCAUGGCUUUGCUGUAUUUUUAUGUUUAAGUAUUAUAUUUAUGAAAUGGGUCUCCUCAGCUGUUUAUUUUAGUGCUGA